AUGGGACAAGUUAAAAAGAUUGUCUUUCAGGAAACCGGAGGACAUCCAGACCAAGUCCCAUACAUUGUGGUGUGGCUGGACCUCGCCCAGAGCCCUCCUCCGUGGGUGCCACCCUCCGUCAAGGUCGCUGUUGCCUCUGGCCCAGAAAAUUCUCGAGGACCACCUGCAAGGAGGCCCUCCGCUCCUCCCCCAAUCCCCAUUUAUCCCGCAACAGACGAUUUACUCCUUAUGUCUGAACCUCCGCCCUACCCGGCGGCACUGCCACCUCCCUUGGCCCCCCAAGCGGUCGGACCAGCGCCGGACCAGGCGCCCGAUACUUCUGACCUUGGGGGACUAGCCACCAGGACCAGGAGUCGUCGCGUCCGUAGCCCGGCGGACGACUCGGGUCCUGACUCCACUGUGGUUUUGCCCCUCCGAGCCGUGGGACCCCCGGCCGAGCCCAACGGCCUGAUCCCUCUACAAUAUUGGCCUUUCUCCUCAGCAGACCUCUAUAAUUGGAAAUCUAACCAUCCUUCUUUCUCUGAGAACCCAGCAGGACUCACAGGGCUCCUUGAAUCUCUUAUGUUUUCCCAUCAGCCAACUUGGGACGACUGUCAACAACUUUUACAGAUUCUAUUCACCACUGAGGAGCGAGAAAGGAUCCUCCUGGAGGCUCGCAAGAACGUUCUCGGGGACAACGGGGCCCCUACUCAGCUCGAGAACCUCAUUAAUGAGGCUUUUCCCCUUAAUCGGCCCCAGUGGGAUUACAACACGGCCGCAGGUAGGGAGCGUCUCCUGGUCUACCGCCGGACUCUAGUGGCAGGUCUCAAAGGGGCAGCCCGGCGCCCCACUAAUUUGGCCAAGGUAAGAGAGGUCUUGCAGGGACCGGCUGAACCCCCUUCGGUUUUUUUAGAACGUCUAACCGAGGCCUAUAGGAGAUAUACUCCGUUUGACCCCUCUUCUGAGGGGCAGCAGGCUGCGGUUGCCAUGGCCUUCAUCGGGCAGUCAGCCCCAGAUAUUAAAAGGAAGUUACAGAGGCUAGAAGGGCUCCAAGACUAUUCCUUACAAGAUUUAGUGAGGGAGGCAGAAAAAGUGUAUCAUAAGAGAGAGACAGAAGAGGAGAGACAAGACAGAGAAAAAAAGGAGGCAGAAGAAAGGGAAAGACGACGCGAUAAGCGCCAAGAGAAAAAUUUAACUAGGAUUCUGGCCGCAGUAGUAGGUGAAAGAGAGUUUAGAGACAGGAAGGCAGAAAACCUGAGCAACCGGGCGAGGCAGACACCUAGGGAAAGAAGACCCCCCCUGGACAGAGACCAGUGCGCAUACUGUAAAGAGAAGGGGCAUUGGGCAAGAGAAUGUCCCCAAAAGAAAAACAUCCGAAAAGCCAAAGUUCUGUCCCUAGAUGACUAGGGGAGUCGGGGUUCGGAUCCCCUCCCCGAACCUAGGGUAACGCUGACUGUGGAGGGGACCCCCAUCGAGUUCCUAGUCGACACUGGGGCUGAGCACUCGGUAUUGACCCAGCCUCUGGGUAAAAUAGGGUCCAGACAAACAGUCGUGGAAGGGGCAACAGGCAGUAAAAUCUACCCCUGGACCACAAAGAGACUUUUAAAGAUUGGACAUAAACAAGUGACCCACUCCUUCCUGGUCAUACCCGAGUGCCCUGCUCCUCUGUUAGGCAGGGACCUCCUAACCAAACUAAAAGCCCAGAUCCAGUUCUCGGCUGAGGGUCCACAAGUAACGUGGGAUGAUCGCCCUACUAUGUGCCUGGUCCUAAGCUUAGAAGAAGAAUACCGGCUACAUGAAAGACCAGUUCCCUCCUCUAUUGAUCCGUCCUGGCUCCAGCUUUUUCCCUCUGUAUGGGCCGAAAAAGCAGGCAUGGGACUGGCCAAACAAGUCCCACCAGUAAUAGUAGAACUAAAAUCAGGUGCCUCACCGGUGACUGUUCGUCAAUACCCAAUGAGCAAGGAGGCCCAAGAAGGCAUCAGGCCUCACAUCCAAAGAUUCUUAAACCUAGGAGUCCUGGUGCCCUGUCAGUCGCCCUGGAAUACCCCUCUGUUGCCUGUAAAGAAGUCAGGGACCAAUGACUAUCGGCCAGUUCAAGACCUGAGGGAAAUUAAUAAGAGGGUGCAGGAUAUACAUCCUACCGUCCCAAAUCCUUACAGCCUCCUGAGCUCCCUCCCGCCUAGCCACACCUGGUAUUCAGUCCUGGAUCUUAAGGACGCCUUCUUCUGCCUCAGGCUACAUCCCAACAGCCAGCCGUUGUUCGCGUUUGAGUGGAGGGACCCAGAAAAAGGCACCACAGGUCAGUUGACCUGGACCCGGCUGCCACAGGGGUUUAAGAACUCUCCCACCAUCUUCGACGAAGCCCUCCACCGGGAUUUGGCUCCUUUUAGGGCCCUCAACUCCCAGGUAAUAUUACUCCAAUAUGUGGACGACCUCCUGGUGGCGGCCCCCACAUACAAGGACUGCAAAGAAGGGACACAAAAACUCCUACAGGAGUUAAGUAGGUUGGGAUAUCGGGUAUCAGCCAAAAAGGCCCAGCUCUGCCAGAGAGAGGUCACCUAUCUGGGGUAUCUGCUCAAAGAAGGAAAAAGGUGGCUGACCCCGGCUCGAAAGGCUACUGUUAUGAAAAUUCCUACCCCCACGACCCCUAGACAGGUUCGUGAGUUCCUGGGCACUGCUGGAUUCUGCAGGCUUUGGGUCCCUGGGUUCGCCACCCUAGCUGCACCCUUGUACCCCCUGACAAAAGAGGGCAACUCUUUUAUUUGGACUGAGGAACAUCAGAGGGCUUUUGAUCACAUAAAAAAAGCCUUGCUGUCAGCCCCUGCUCUGGCCCUCCCGGAUCUCACCAAACCAUUCACUCUAUAUGUAGAUGAAAGAGCCGGCGUAGCCCGGGGAGUGCUCACUCAGGCUCUAGGACCCUGGCGGCGGCCGGUAGCUUAUCUAUCAAAAAAACUAGAUCCGGUGGCCAGCGGGUGGCCAACCUGCCUGAAAGCGGUUGCAGCCGUUGCGCUCCUUCUCAAAGACGCUGAUAAACUAACUCUGGGGCAAAACGUGACUGUGAUUGCUUCCCAUAGCCUCGAAAGCAUCGUGCGGCAGCCCCCCGACCGAUGGAUGACCAACGCUAGGAUGACUCAUUACCAGAGCUUACUACUGAAUGAAAAGGUAACAUUCGCUCCCCCUGCCAUCCUAAACCCAGCUACUCUACUACCAGCCGAACCGGAAGCAACCCCAGUGCACAGGUGUUCCGAGAUCCUCGCCGAAGAAACUGGGACUCGCCAGGACCUCAAGGAUCAGCCAUUGCCUGGGGUGCCAACCUGGUAUACGGACGGUAGUAGUUUUAUUGCGGAAGGUAGACGGCGGGCAGGGGCCGCCAUCGUAGAUGGCCAGCGGACGGUGUGGGCGAGCAGCUUGCCAGAAGGUACGUCAGCUCAGAGGGCCGAACUGGUGGCUUUGACCCAGGCGUUGCGCCUAGCUAAAGGAAAAAACAUCAAUAUCUAUACAGACAGCAGGUACGCUUUCGCCACCGCUCAUGUUCAUGGGGCAAUAUAUAAACAAAGGGGGUUGCUCACUUCGGCUGGAAAAGACAUUAAAAACAAAGAAGAGAUUUUGGCCCUGCUAGAGGCCAUCCACCUCCCCAAACAGGUUGCCAUUAUCCACUGCCCCGGCCAUCAGAAGGGAAGCAACCCUGUAGCCACCGGAAACCGGAGGGCCGAUGAGGCUGCAAAACAAGCUGUGGGUCCAGAGCGUAGGUCUGGAGGCUGGAGAGGCCUGCUGCAGCCUCUGUUUCACGAGCUGAGCAGUGCAGAUGAGGACCACGGCGGAGCAGGCCAGAUGGCGGAAAGGGGACUUCCAGGGGUCGCGGCUGCACCUGCUGAGGCAGAACCAGCUGUUGUCACAGAGGCCACUUGCCUCCUCUCUGGCCUGCGAGGGCCCCAAACUGUAGCGCCCCAACUCAGCUCAGGGACUCCGCUGCCCACACUCCGCCGCCGCCUCGUUUGGGACGCCUCCAACAGGAGGUUCACGCACAGUACACAAGUGGCGGUCGAGGGCCCUGGCACGUGCGGGAGCUGCAAGGGAACUUCAGGUCCCCGCAACACCCAGGUGUGCGACCGUCAUGAGAGGAGGCCAGGGCGCCUGUGCCCGCGGCGCUCUGCAGCGCCCAGGGCUGCACACGCCUUAGGAGAGCAUGUCCUGGAGCAGCCUGCUCCGCCCUCGCAGUUGCCCCAGGUUUCUGCUUGCCACGUCUACACCCGUCACCACCGCCUAUUUCUGCCCGGAGCCACGCGUGUGGGAGACGGUAGAACGAAGCGCCAGCGUCCGGGCGACUGCUGGGAGCCGCACUGCUGUCUCCUGGACGAGCGGCAGGCCCUGGACAGACCCCCGCCCCAACAGCCUCGGAGAAAAGAGGGUCAAUCUUCUGUCAGCGGCGUUGGCUCUUCCUCUGCUUUUCCCUUGUAA